UUGAGGCUUGAGCGGUGCGGGCCAGAAGGGAGGAGUCACGUGACGCAGGAAAAGUCACGCUCCACGGUGACGCUCAGAGGAGCGACGCGUCGCCGCGCAGUGCAAAUCGGGAAGAGAGGAUGAGCUACACUGGCUUCCGUCGGACAGCGGAGGCUCGUCCCCCUCGGUGUUGGGAGAUGGGCGGCAGGCGAGGAGGCCGGCGUUAGAGCGCUGUGCUUCGCUGCAAGCAAGCCCAGCCCUCCCAGCCCCGCAGCCCCCACCCCCAUCCAGACUUGGACCUAAGAAAAGGACUACUUUUCAUGAAGGAUACCAUCCAUUGUAAAAAUAGAAACAUAAACCUUGACCAUGCCUGCUGUGGCUUCAGUUCCUAAAGAGCUCUACCUCAGUUCUUCACUAAAAGACCUCAAUAAGAAGACAGAAGUGAAACCAGAGAAAAUAAGCACUAAGAAUUACGUACACAGUGCUCUGAAGAUCUUCAAGGCAGCAGAAGAAUGCAGAUUAGAUCGUGAUGAGGAAAGGGCCUACGUACUAUACAUGAAAUAUGUGACUGUUUAUAAUCUUAUCAAAAAAAGACCUGAUUUCAAGCAACAGCAGGACUACUUUCAUUCAAUACUUGGACCUGCAAACAUCAAAAAAGCUAUUGAAGAAGCUGAAAGACUCUCUGAAAGCCUUAAACUGAGAUAUGAAGAAGCUGAAGUUCGGAAAAAACUUGAAGAAAAGGACAGACAGGAGGAAGAGCUGCAGCAGCAGAAGAGGCAGGAAGCAGCAGGAAGAGAGGAUGGUGGUUCCGGGGCCAAAAGCUCUUUGGAGAAUGUACUGGAUUCCCAAAACAAAACCCAAAGGAUCAACGGUGAGAAGAAUGAAAAGGAUGGAACAUCAGGGAAAGGAACAAUCACAGCAAAGGAGCUAUACACAAUGAUGAUGGAUAAAAACAUCAGCUUGAUUAUAAUGGAUGCUCGACGAAUACAAGAUUAUCAGCAUUCAUGUAUCUCAAAUUCUCUCAGUGUUCCUGAAGAAGCUAUUAAUCCAGGUGUCACUGCUAGUUGGAUUGAAGCAAACCUCCCAGAUGAUUCUAAAGACACAUGGAAGAAGAGGGGAAAUGUGGAUUAUGUGGUACUUCUGGACUGGUUUAGUUCUGCAAAAGAUUUACUCCUUGGAACCACUCUACGGAGUCUGAAAGAUGCACUUUUCAAGUGGGAAAGCAAAACUGUCCUGCGCAAUGAGCCUUUAGUUUUAGAGGGAGGCUAUGAAAACUGGCUCCUUUGCUAUCCCCAGUAUACAACAAAUGCUAAAGUUACUCCACCCCCACGAAGCAAAAAUGAAGAGGUGUCUAUCUCAUUGGAUUUUACUUAUCCCUCGCUGGAAGAACCAGUUCCUUGUAAACUUCGUGCCCAGAUGCCGCCAACUCCUAUAGAAGUAGAUGAAGAUACAGAAUUGGUACAUGAUCAAGAUGAAGGAAUCAGAUCACUGAACAUGUCAACUCCAGUGGAACCAGGUGCUGCUUCCAAAGCUGAGAUUUCACCCAGAAUUCAGCCAGUGCCUGUUACAAAGAGUAUUCCACAGGUUGAUCGUACUAAAAAACCAGCAGUCAAGUUGCCUGAAGAUCAUAGAAUAAAAUCUGAAAGUUCAGAUCAAGAGCAGCAGUGUCCUCAGAAUGGAAAAGUUCUUCCUGAUCGUUCUACCAAGCCAGUACUUCCCCCCCUAACGGCUGUGUUAACAGAUGAGGAAAAGGCUCGUAUUCAUGAAGAAACUGUUAUGCUCAUGGAGAAAAACAGACAAGAGAAAGAACUUCGGGAACGGCAACAGGAAGAGCAGAAAGAGAAGCUGAGGAGGGAAGAACAGGAGCUAAGAGCUAGAAGGAAGCAGGAAGCUGAAGACAGGGAAGUCCCGGAGAGUCACCAGAAACCCAAGGAAGACACAGACAAGAGAGACAGCAAACAGGCCAGCCAAGAAGAUAAAGAGCCUUCAGCAAAGAGGAGCAAAGAAGUAACAGGAUUAAAAAGACAAAGUAAAAGUGAACAUGAAACUUCUGAAGCCAAGAUAUCUGUGGAAGAUAGGGGGAAAAGGUGUCCAACCCCAGAAGUGCAGAAAGGGCCAGCAGAUGUGCCCCCCGCACCCAUGGCAGGAGAUUUGAGUGUAGGCAAGGCUCAACGAGAACCUUUGACAAGAGCACGAAGUGAAGAAAUGGGAAGAAUUGUACCAGGACUGCCUUCAGGCUGGGCCAAGUUUCUUGAUCCAAUCACUGGAACCUUCCGUUACUAUCAUUCACCCACCAACACUGUUCAUAUGUACCCACCGGAAAUGGCUCCUUCAUCUGUACCUCCUUCCACCCCCCCAACACACAAAAUCAAGCCCCAGACUCCUGCAGAGCGGGACAGGGAACCGUCCAAACUGAAGCGCUCCUACUCCUCCCCAGACAUCACCCAGGCCAUUCAGGAAGAAGAAAAGAGGAAGCCAGCAGUAACUCCAGCAGUUAAUCGGGAAAACAAGCCAGCAUCUUACCCUAAAGCUGAGAUCUCGAGGCUUUCUGCUUCCCAAAUUCGGAACCUCAAUCCUCUUUUUGGAGGAUCUGGACCAGCUCUUACUGGACUUCGUAAUUUAGGAAAUACUUGCUAUAUGAACUCAAUAUUGCAGUGCCUGUGUAAUGCUCCACAUCUGGCUGAUUAUUUCAACCGAAACUGCUAUCAAGCUGAUAUUAACAGGUCUAAUUUGUUGGGGUAUAAAGGUGAAGUGGCAGAAGAAUUUGGCAUAAUCAUGAAAGCACUGUGGACAGGACAGUAUAGAUGCAUCAGUCCAAGAGACUUUAAAGUCACCAUUGGGAAGAUUAACGACCAGUUUGCAGGAUACAGCCAGCAGGAUUCACAAGAGCUGCUUCUGUUCCUUAUGGAUGGUCUCCAUGAAGAUCUAAACAAAGCUGAUAAUCGGAAGAGACACAAAGAAGAAAACAAUGACCACCUGGAUGACUGUAAAGCUGCAGAACACGCGUGGCAGAAGCACAAGCAGCUCAACGAGUCCAUCAUCGUAGCUCUUUUCCAGGGCCAGUUCAAAUCCACAGUGCAGUGCCUCACCUGUCACAAGAAGUCCAGGACCUUUGAGGCGUUCAUGUAUUUAUCUCUGCCACUAGCAUCCACAAGUAAAUGCACAUUACAGGAUUGCCUUAGAUUAUUUUCCAAAGAAGAAAAACUCACAGAUAACAACAGAUUUUACUGCAGUCAUUGCAGAACUCGACGGGAUUCUCUAAAAAAGAUAGAAAUCUGGAAAUUGCCACCCGUGCUUUUAGUGCAUCUGAAACGCUUUUCUUAUGAUGGCAGAUGGAAGCAAAAGUUACAAACAUCUGUGGACUUCCCGUUAGAAAGUCUUGACCUUUCACAGUAUGUUAUUGGUCCAAAGAACAAUUUGAAGAAAUACAACUUGUUUUCUGUUUCAAAUCACUAUGGCGGGCUGGAUGGAGGCCACUACACUGCCUAUUGUAAAAACGCAGCGAGACAGCGGUGGUUUAAGUUUGAUGAUCAUGAAGUUUCUGAUAUCUCCGUGUCUUCUGUGAAGUCUUCAGCAGCUUAUAUCCUCUUUUAUACUUCAUUGGGACCACGUGCAGCUGACAUAGCCACAUAAGGAUGUAAGCCUCAGAGAAGUGUUUCUACCUGCUCAGUAGCUCCUCUCUCUGAUUAUGGAGAGCAUGGCUAGAGCUACAGCUGGCUCAUAGAGGAUCCUCAGGACACUGGGGCCACGUUACUGGCACUGUGUAAUCAGAUCAGUGCUCUUAUGGAAAAAAAACAAAUAACUGGCACUUAACAGAUACUGCAGCAAGCAUCCCUUAUAGCUACCAUUUAUUUCAAAACAACUUUUUUAGUCUGCCCACAGUUAAAAUAAGUAAUUAGCCAAGCAUUUAUUAUUCCACUGGUGUCCAAACCACUGCACCCUCCAUUUUCCUGUUCACUGUGUAGCCUUUUCGCAUUCCUAGUGCAGCUUGAUCCACUCCGUACACUAGGGUGAGCUACAGCAGACAGGAAUGUAUGUGUACAUAUUUACUUGCACACUUGCACAUCAAAUUGUUGUACAUAGUUUAACAUGUCCUGUUGUGAAGCCUAGAAUCUCAGAGGAUUGCUUUUUUUCUUGUUUUCUUUCAGCCUAUUCUAGGUAACUGCAUUGCUUUCUUAGGGAAAUGACAGGGCAAAACUAUUUUUCUGUUGGCUUUGGGCUGUAUUUGUGCACUAAUCUUUAUUCUAAAAAAAAAAAAAUGGGAACUUAAUUUUUUUAAAAAGAAUUUCAUUUACAUCUACAUUAAAAUCUUAAUGAGAAGAAUAACUUUAAA